GAUCCUUCUCGCUCGUUUAUUUCUCCACCCUCUCUCUCUUUCUUCUCCUUCACUGAACGGAGCACACAUCAUCCAUCAUCCUCAAACUAAGACACGAUCGCACUUUUAAACAGAAAUCUCUCCUGAAUAUUCGGAAUGGGAUCGGCGAUGAUCCUGCAUCUACUGCUGUGUGCCAUCUGUCUCUUUGUCCUGUCAUCUUCUACCGUCCUCAGUCCUGCCGCAGAUGAGACCACACUACAAGUGACCAUUCCUAAUACCUCUCCUGUGUCUGCCAUUCUGGGGGGCUCCCUGACCUUGCCCUGCCUGGUGUCUCUGUCCCAGCCUCCCUCUCUGGGACGGCAUGUGGUACUUACCCAACCACGAGUCAAAUGGAGCUUUUUUUCAUUAAACAGAGAAACAGAGAUCCUAGUGGCCCGUGGGGAGCGGGUAAAGGUGAGUGAGUUGUAUAAAGGCAGAGCGUCACUUCUGAACUAUGCUGCCUCCUCAGCUGAUCUAACCCUCAGACUGGAUGACCUGAUACACAACGAUACAGGCUUCUACCGCUGUGAGGUCCAGCACGGCUUGGAGGACGCUCAUGACCAGGCCCAGGUCAAAGUAAAAGGUGUUGUUUUCCUCUACCGCUAUACCUCCAGUCGCUAUGCCUUCACUUUUGAUGAAGCCAAAGAUGCGUGUGAGGACAUUGGAGCUCAGAUUGCUUCUCCAGAGCAGCUGCUGGCUGCCUACCACAGUGGCUAUGAGCAGUGUGAUGCUGGCUGGCUUUCAGAUCGCUCUGUGAGAUACCCAAUCCAGAUGCCUCGUCAAGGCUGUUUUGGAGACAUGGAUGGAUUACCAGGGGUUAGAAACUAUGGCGUGAUGGAUACUGAUGAGCUGUAUGACGUGUAUUGCUAUGUGGAAAACAUUCAUGGGGAGGUUUUCCAUGGGUCGACCCCACAGCACUUCAGCCUGUCAGAAGCUAAAGAAUAUUGUGAGCAGCAGGGAGCUCAGCUAGCCACCACAGGCCAGCUAUACGCUGCAUGGAAUGAUGGUCUGAAUCAUUGCAGUCCAGGCUGGCUAGCUGAUGGAAGUGUUCGCUACCCCAUUGUGACCCCUCGUGAGCGUUGUGGAGGCUCUGAACCUGGUGUCAAGACAAUCUAUCGUUUCAGCAAUCAGACAGGCUUCCCUGAGCCACACACUUUCCAUGAUGCAUACUGCUUCAGAGCUAACAGCAAUUUUCAAACAGUCACACCUAUAGAUUAUAUGGCAACAGAGCCAGAAGACAUCGAGCAGCAUAUUGUAACUUUAGCCAAACCCCAGGAGGAGUACAGUGUGGAUCAGGUCACUUGGCAGUCAGAAAAUGAAGCUCAGGGUGCUGUUGAGACCUUUUCCAUUUACAGCAAACAGACUACUUCAAAACCAGAAGAACACAAUCAGACCUCAAACCCUCAAGAUGAUGUCUCUGUUAGUACCAAUAGUGACCUCACCACCCCAGCCAGCACAAACAGAGAACUUGAAUCUACUCAGGUGACCUGGCCAAAAAAGUUGAGCUAUAACAUCAGCACUGAGUUUGUUUCAGAGAUUUACAUGGAGCCAAAUCACAACCAUUCCAUGUCAGAGGGAGAACCAGAAGUAUUGCAAGCUUCAACAAGUAAUAAUGUGAUGAGCAGCAAUCAUAGGCACUACCAACCCAUGCCAGGCACCAACUUGGAGCCAGAAGAGCCUAUUGACUACAUCUCACCUACUGAGGCUCACCCUGAAGCAACAGCGGAACCAUCUUCUGAAUUAGAGGAGAUAGAUGGGUCCAAACAUUUCCAGUCCAUGCCUGGGACCAACAUGGAGGAUGAAGAUGAAGAUUAUUUGUAUAGUGAGAUCUCCAUGACCACUGAGGGUACUACAUUAGAGUAUGAUCCAAGCAAUGAGACUCAGGAAACUCCAGUCCAGCCAGGUCCCUCAACAUACCUUCCUGAGGGUAAUAGUAUUGCAGGGAAUAUUACAGAAUCUCCAGACCCAGAUGAUGACCGGGAUCUAUAUCACACAACUCAGUCCACCUUGGUUAGCACAUCCAGUGCUACAUCGUUAGAGGGUUCAGGUGAAGAUCUGACACUUUCGUUUACAAUAGAGACGGAACGUCUGGUUACCAUGGAUAAAUCAGAGACAUAUGGAACAUCUACAUCUGAGAUUACCACAGAAACCUUCUCAUUAACAGAUCUGAACAAGACUACUCUGAGUUUUGAAUCCAGAUUUGAAGACUUUAGUGUUCAGAACACCUCUGAAGGCCAUCAUGAUGCAGUACCGACCUCAGCUGAGACUGUUCCUGUAUCUCUAGAUGCAGUUGACCAUGUCAGUGAUCACAUGAGGACAACGCUUGGCAGCAUGAAGGAAACAGAAUCAUCUGAAGGCUCCGGUGAUCAUGAUGUUGUCCUGCCCAUAACACUGCUGACCACCCCUAUCCCUCACCUGUUGGGCACACCAUCCACACGUCAGCCUCUAAAGGUAGAAAUGAUUUCUCCACAACAGAUAGAAAGAUUCUUCCCUGAAAGUAGCACCCCAACUGGCCUUGACAUUGUAGAGGAAGUCCUGGAGAAGGUGGAGCAGGAAAGGCUUGGAGAAGAGCCUAAUCACCUUUACACCUCAUCCACCAAGCUUAAUAAUUCCACUGUAAAUAUUGGCUUGGAUGGCAGUCAUAAGGAUGGGUCCUCAGGAGAAGGAGAGCUGUCAAGAAACUGGUCUUCAGUUACUAAGCACCCAUACGCAAAUAUGGCCACCAUCACACCCUCCAGCUUGACAGAUAUGCAAGAUAAUGAUCAUGAUAAUUAUCAAGCCAGUACAGUGGAGCCUCCUACAGGCCUGGAGGUUACAUUGUUGCCUGAUGUGACUAAGACACCUAGCUGGCAGACUAUGGCUUCUCCUACAAAGCUGGUGGAGUUCCGGGCUGAUGUGGAAUUCAGUGGGGACACUCCACUUACUACAGAUAACAUCAAAACCUUUGGUGAAUCUGAUUCUACUAAUAUCCCCACCACUGAGCAGCCAGACCAAGCUCAAAAUAAAUCCACCACAUCAGCCGACAAUGAGAAGGAUGAAGAUUAUGACCACCAUAUUAUUAAAGAAGACAGAGACAAUAUGGAAGAUCAUUUUGAAGCAGAAACCCCAUCUGAGCCUGUUACUAUACAUCCCAGAUCAACACAGAGAGUGUUGGUUAGGACAGGCAACAUUAUAGAUGCAUGUAUGCAGAACCCUUGUGGAAAUGGAGGCACCUGUGUGGACAGUGGGACUGGUCCUAAGUGUCUCUGUCUACCUACCUAUGGUGGAGACUUCUGCCAGACCGAUCUGGAGCACUGUGAACCAGGCUGGCAAAAGUUCCAAGGCUUCUGUUACAAACAUUUCACCAAACGGCAGAAAUGGGAGGUGGCAGAGCAGCACUGUCGCAUGUGUGGUGGGCAUUUGAUCUCUGUUAUGUCACCCGAAGAACAGGAGUUCAUCAAUGAUAAAUACAGGGAAUAUCAAUGGACUGGUCUCAAUGACAAGACCAUUGAGGGAGAUUUCUGUUGGUCAGAUGGGAGCCCACUGCUAUAUGAGAACUGGUAUCGUGGACAACCAGACAGCUACUUCCUGUCAGGGGAGGAUUGUGUUGUCAUGGUGUGGUAUGAUGAUGGCCAUUGGAGUGAUAUCCCUUGUAACUACCAGCUCUCCUAUACCUGCAAGAAGGGCAUUGCAGCAUUCUGUGGCCAGCCCCCUCGUGUGCUCCACGCUAAGAUGUUUGGACCGCGGCAACUGAAGUAUAGGGAGAAUUCUCAGGUGCGCUACUACUGUGAAUCAGGGUUUAUCCAGAGACAGAACCCUGUCAUCACGUGUCAGAGCAACGGACAGUGGGAGGAGCCUCAGAUCACCUGUACACCAGCGUACACAAAUGGAGACCUGGUAACAUGGCACACUGGUCAAAACAAGGAAAUAGUCAUAGAAGAUACUACAACAGAAAAAACAACAGCUGAAUAUUUGGAUAUAAAAUGGAACUUUUAAAACAAGUAGCACUUGGCAUAGUAGUAUUUCAUUGUUAUUGUUUUUUUUAAUUUCCUCUUUAUCAUGUCAUCCCUUCAUUUAUCCUCCUUAGAGACUUUAAUUUGUCAGCCCCCCCCCCCCCAAACUUUGUUUGAUAUAACAACAAAGUUAUAUAAGGAAAUCUGUACCACUUACCACACUCUUUUUUGUACUUAUUUUCAGUCUGUGUACACCAUGACACUGAAUUACAUGUUUUGUAAUUCUAAGAUAAAAGCACAAUUAACUGUAACCUUCCAUAUAAAAACUGUCAUUUUGCACACAAUAAGCACACUUGAUGAAAAAGCAACAUCCAAACAAAGCUUGUAACUGUUGGACCAAGAACCCACAAUGUUUCGUUUUAUCCAUUUUUCUUUCUCACUCAAUUUGUUUUACAAAUGUUUUUAUUAUUGUUAUUAUAUAAACGUUUGAAAUAUGAAACAAAUCCUCUCUAACCUCAGCUGGUCUGAACCAUAUUCAUUGUUUUACAUUAUUGCCCUGUAGUGCCUAAAUGUGUCAAUCAUCACCAGUCAUUCACUAUGUCUUGUGUUGUACUUAUAAUUGUUUGCCAAUCAAGACUCAAUAACUUUAGGAGUUCAUAACGGUGACCCAAAAUGUUUUUAUUUAAUAUGUGGAUGUUAUUGUCCUUCAUGAACAAAAAUAUAUGUAUACAUGCUCUUGGUUUUAGAAUAUUGGAAUGACAUGUCAAAAAUAAUUAGUUUGAUUUAAGAGGUGCAUUUCCAAAUUUUUCCUAUUGCCACAAGCACAGGCGUUGUCAGGAAUUUCAUUUUGGGUGGGCCUCAACAAACAUGGAUGAGCCAAGUUUUUGCCCAAAAUAAUUUCUUAACUAAUUUUCCUUAACAACAAAGAAGUGAUGAAUUCAAACAAUUCUUUCACACUUUCAGAAAUCAGAAUUUAUACAUUUUCUAAACUAUUUUAUAAAUAUAUAUUUGAAGACAAAGAAUAUUGAAUAAUAUUCUGGGUCUAAUUUGGGUGGGGCCAGACCCACCCUUGCCCACCC